CUCGUGAUGGAUGACAUGCGCAACCUGACGCGAGUGGCGAAGCACGGCCUGGCUGCCCUGACGGGGCUGCGCUCCCUCGUCCUCAGCCACAGCCCGGCGCUGCAGGAGAUCGACCCGGAGGCUUUCCACGCGUUGUCCGCGCCCCUCGACUACCCGUCGCUCAAGCAGUUAGUGCUUCGUGGAAACGGACUGCAUACUCUACAUCAAAACCUUCUGAAAACCUGGGAUUCUUUGGAAGUGCUGGAUCUUCGGGACAAUAAAUGGCUAUGUGACUGUCGUCUA